AUGUCUCUCAAACGCAAAAGAGACAUGGAUGAGAUCGCGCGAUCCCGCGUCAUCAAGUUUGUCGUCGGGCCCGAGAAAGUCGAAUUCAACGUCCACGAAGCGUCCGUCACUUGGCUUUCUCGGUCACUCAGCGCCCUACUUACGAAUGGCAUGCAAGAAUCCGUCGAGGCACGGGUGGUUUGGGACGAUGUCGAGCCAGGUACUUUUACCAAGUUCUUGGAGUAUGCCUACAGUGGCAGCUUCACCAUGUCGGACGAGGAAAUCCAGCCGACAGAAGAAGAAUGGCCUUCCUUACGGGAAAAGAUAAAGAGCAAUCGAUUAAAGACGAGGAAGCUUCGGCCUCAUUAUAUAUACGCCAUGGACUAUCUUGAGCAUUGCAAUGCAUCGUCAGCCAGCUCUGCUAUUACCGAAGCAAAGUCGGAGGCAAAUUCGUCAAGAACCAUCACACAAAGCACUCGGCACUCAAAAGCAUACUACUUGGCACAUGCGCGCCUCUACAUCCUUGCGGAAAAAUACGGCAUAGACGGACUGAGAGAACUCUGCGUUGAGAAGGUGCGGCAAAGCUUGGUUGACAAUCCCGGAGAGUCGUAUCUGGUAUCGGCACUGACCGACAUGUUUCGCUAUGUCUGGCCCCGAACAAUGCCAAACGACGCGUUUCGCACAUUGCUGCUCCGUUACGCCAUCACUAACAUCCGAUGGAUGAUGUCGUCAAAGAGGUUCGCCCAGAAUCUGAAGGACCUUCCCGACAUGUCCCAGGAGUUGCUCACAAUGAUUCCCAUGACCUACUGGGAGGCGCUUUGA